UAUUCUCUCUCACAGUCUCCCUCCCUCUCUCUCUCUCUCUCUGUAUGUGUACCUCUACAUUCAUACUCUUCUGUAAUCAUUCACAAAAUUGAAAAUUCAGAUUCACUCUUACAUUUAUCACCAAUUUCCGGAUCAUAACGAUGAUGGAACGUUCGUCUUCGAGAAGAGACGUGGCGAGCAGUUACGACGAUGAUCUGCCGCACAGCGAGAUCAGCGACGGUAAAAGGAGCAAGGACGCCGGCAACGAGAUGGAUUCGAUCGAGCGGAUAUUCGAGAGCAAGGAGGUGCCGCCGUGGCAGCGCCAGCUGACAGUGCGAGCAUUCGUCGUGAGCUUUAUUUUGGGGAUUAUGUUUACUUUCAUUGUUAUGAAACUUAACCUCACUACCGGAAUUAUUCCCUCGCUUAACGUCUCCGCCGGACUGUUAGGGUUCUUCUUCGUGAAAACCUGGACAAAAUUUCUCAAUAAAUCCGGCAUGCUCAGGCAGCCGUUUACUCGGCAGGAGAAUACUGUUAUUCAGACUUGCGUCGUCGCCACCUCCGGCAUCGCCUUCUCCGGAGGGUUUGGUAGUUACCUGUUUGGCAUGAGUGAAGUGGUAGCAAAGCAGUCAAGCGAAAAUAACUAUGAGGAGAACACAAAGAACCCUUCUCUCACUUGGUUGAUUGGUUUCCUUUUUGUUGUUAGCUUCCUUGGACUCUUUUCUGUAGUACCACUUCGCAAGAUAAUGAUAGUUGAUUUCAAACUGAUUUACCCCAGUGGCACUGCAACUGCUCACCUUAUCAACAGUUUCCAUACUCCCCAAGGAGCCAAGUUAGCCAAGAGACAAGUACGAACUCUAGGCAAAUUCUUCACCUUCAGCUUUCUGUGGGGCUUGUUUCAAUGGUUCUUCACCGCCGGAGACGGCUGCGGUUUCUCAAGCUUCCCUUCCCUCGGCCUCGAGGCAUACGAACACAAAUUCUACUUCGACUUCUCAGCCACCUACGUCGGCGUCGGAAUGAUCUGCCCUUACCUCAUCAACGUCUCUCUCCUCGUCGGCGCAGUCAUCUCCUGGGGUCUAAUGUGGCCCCUCAUAAACCUCCGCGAAGGCGAUUGGUACCCUAAAGGUCUCGGAUCCAGCAGCCUCCACGGAAUCCAAGGCUACAGAGUCUUCAUCGGAAUCGCCAUGAUUCUCGGCGACGGCCUCUACAACUUCUUCAAAGUCCUCGGCCACACCUGCUUCGGUUUAUACCGCCAAGUCCGCCACCGGAAAUCCCAAUCCCAACUCCCGGUCAGCCGCAACUCCUCCCCGGAAAUCCCCCAAAUCUCCUACGACGACCAACGCCGGACCCACCUCUUCCUCAAAGACCAAAUCCCAAUGUGGAUCGCCAUCAUCGGCUACCUCGUAAUCGCCGCCGUCUCCAUCGUCGUCCUCCCACACAUCUUCCACCAACUCAAAUGGUACCACAUCACCGUCAUCUACGCUUUAGCCCCAACUCUCGCGUUCUGUAACGCCUACGGAUGCGGCCUCACCGACUGGUCCUUAGCUUCCACCUACGGAAAGCUCGCGAUAUUCAUCGUCGGAGCAUGGGCCGGUGGAGAAAACGGCGGCGUCCUCGCCGGAUUAGCCGCGUGCGGCGUCAUGAUGAACAUCGUCUCCACCGCUUCUGACCUAAUGCAAGAUUUCAAAACCGGAUACAUGACAUUAGCAUCACCCCGAUCGAUGUUCGUAAGCCAAGUAAUCGGAACAGCAAUGGGAUGCGUUAUCUCUCCAUGUGUGUUCUGGUUAUUCUAUCAAGCUUUCAACGACCUCGGACAACCCGGUUCAGAAUAUCCGGCUCCCUACGCUUUAAUCUACAGAAACAUGGCGGUUUUAGGGGUCGAAGGGUUUGCAGCUUUACCUAGACAUUGUUUGGCUUUAUGCUACGGAUUCUUUGGAUUAGCGAUUGUGAUCAAUGGAAUGAGGGAUGCCGUCGGGAAAGAGAAAGCGAAGUUUAUUCCGAUUCCAAUGGCGAUGGCGAUUCCGUUUUACAUUGGGGGGUAUUUCGCGAUUGAUAUGUGUGUUGGGAGUUUGAUUUUGUUUGUUUGGUCAAAGGUGAAUAAAGCUAAGGCGGCGGCGUUUGGACCGGCGGUGGCUUCCGGUUUGAUUUGUGGGGAUGGGAUUUGGACUUUGCCAAGUUCGAUACUUGCUUUGGCCGGUGUUAAGCCGCCGAUUUGCAUGAAGUUUCUUUCCAGGGGGGAUAACGUGAGAGUUGACCAAAUUUUAAAGUCGUCUUAAGUUUGGAUUUUGGUUUGGGGAGUUUAAGGUUUAAUGGUUUGGUUUUGGAGGUAGCGAAUAUGUAAAGAGUUGGUUGAUGCAAAAUUAGUUUGUGUCGGCUACAAAUAAGUAUUCUAUUUGCUACACAAUUAAUUUGCAUGCGUAGUUUAUUGACUA